AUGGUACGUUUCAAAUCUCGAUAUCUAUUGUUUGAAGUACUGUAUCCACAAGACAAACAAUUUCACGAAUUUUCAACGAUUCCUUCAGAUAAUGCCAUCACUUCGUCGGGUUUAUCUAAAUUAUUAAGAAAUACAAUAGCAGAAAACUUUGGAGACGUUGGAAUUGGCAAGGUGGCAUCGAGCUUGUCAGUAAAAUACUUUUCACCUUCGACUUCUACAGGAAUUCUACGGGUUUCAAGGCAGCAUUUUCGACUAGCAUGGGCUGCUUUGUGCUUUUUAAGAGAACUCAAUGGCAAGCCAGUUGUAAUUCGUGUUGUACGUGUCUCUGGAACAAUAAAAAAGGCAGAGUUAGCUGCUAUUGAUAGAAAUGCUACAGAAGUCCGUCAACUUUCUAGUCUAAACGACGUUGUUCAAACUGUCUAA